GCCGCCGCCGCUCCUCGCGAACGCGAUCAGUCGCCCGUCACACGUCGAGCGGAUCGGACGUCUGUCACGCCACCUCGCGCGAGCAACCAACCAUGCGGUGAAGUGAAACUGUCAAACGUGAUCCCAUUCCGUACACUGUGAACUCUUACCGCUUCACAAUAAACGCGUGGUGAUUUGUGUAAACGAAGUGGUGCGACUGAUUUGGAAAAUUGGAUUAUACAGACACAUAAUGGCCUUAGCUAGGUAUAAUCAGCAGAGCGCGCGCUCGCCUUGGCUAAAGCUCGGGUCGGGCAGCGAGUGCGGCGGCGCGGGCCCGGGGGGCGCGGCCGCUCCGCAGUCGGCGCGCGUCACGUCCAACGGCGCCGGCGGCAUGGCGGUGAGCCGCGUGCCCAGCCCGCUGCACGACGGCAACACGCCCGUCGCCGAGAAUUGGUGCUUUACACAGGUGAAAGUGGUGAAGUUUAGUUAUAUGUGGACAAUAAACAAUUUUAGUUUUUGUAGAGAAGAGAUGGGUGAAGUGUUAAAAUCAUCGACUUUCUCGGCCGGUGCUAGUGACAAAUUAAAAUGGUGUCUUCGUGUAAAUCCAAAAGGACUCGACGAAGAGAGCAAAGACUACUUAUCAUUAUAUUUAUUAUUAGUGUCGUGUAACAAAUCUGAAGUGCGGGCAAAGUUCAAGUUCUCGAUUCUAAACGCGAAGCGAGAGGAGACCAAGGCGAUGGAGUCGCAACGCGCAUACAGAUUCGUCCAAGGCAAAGAUUGGGGCUUCAAAAAGUUUAUUAGAAGAGAUUUCCUACUGGAUGAAGCAAACGGCCUGCUGCCGGAGGAUAAGCUGACGAUAUUCUGCGAGGUGUCGGUGGUGGCCGAUAGCAUCAACAUCAGCGGGCAGAGCAACGUGGUUCAGUUCAAGGUUCCCGAGUGCCGGCUCUCUGACGACCUCGGCGCGCUCUUUGACAACGAGCGAUUCUCUGACGUCACGUUAGCCGUCGGUGGCAGGGAGUUCCAAGCGCACAAAGCCAUAUUAGCAGCCCGAAGUCCUGUGUUCGCGGCGAUGUUUGAACACGAGAUGGAAGAGAGAAAAAGAAAUAGAGUGGACAUCACGGACGUGGACCACGAAGUGCUGCGCGAGAUGCUGCGCUUUAUAUACACAGAUCGAGCGCCCAAUUUAGACAAAAUGGCCGAUGAUCUAUUAGCCGCAGCCGACAAAUACGCGCUGGACAGAUUAAAAGUGAUGUGCGAAGAGGCGCUGUGCCUCAGCCUGUCGGUGGAGACGGCGGCCGACACGCUCAUCCUGGCAGACCUGCACUCCGCGGACCAGCUCAAAGCGCAAACCAUCGACUUCAUUAACACGAGUCACGCGACGGACGUGAUGGACACUGCGGGAUGGAAGAACAUGAUAUCGUCUCACCCGCACCUGAUAGCGGAGGCGUUCCGCGCGCUCGCCACGCAGCAGCAGCAGAUCCCGCCCAUCGGCCCGCCGCGCAAGCGCGUCAAGCAGGCGUAGGCGCUGCGCGUAGCACCAACAUGCUAGCGCUACACGUAGCCGCAUCAACAUGCUAGCGCGCUACACGUAGGCGCAACAACAUGAUAGCGCGUUUCCUUCGGGCGUAGGCGUGUUACACGUAGGCGCUCUAAUGUGUUAGCGCGCUUCCUUCAGGCGUAGAGCGCUACACGUAGGCGCGCGAACAACAUGCUAGCGCGCUACACGUAGGCGCACGGAGAUAUGCUAGCGCAAUUCUCGUGACCGUGUAACAUACAAGCGCGCACCCUGCCGACGUAGGCGCACGAACAUGCCAGCGCGCUCCCUUCAGGCGUAGGCGCACGCGCAAUACCAAAGACAACCGUCGAAUGCGGAUUGAAGGUACGAUCAGAAGUGCGAGUGAAUUGAUCGCUGCAGACUGCUCACAGACGAAAUUGAUCCUUGUCAAACCAAUAUAUCCUAAUGUAGAAAGAAUUUAUUUGUCAUUGAUGCAAUAAUUAGAUAAUUUUUAAUCAUUGACAGUAUGAUUAAGUCGCUAUUAAUAUGAUGGAAUUUAUUACACCGCAAUGUAUCUGUUGGGAAUGUCAUAGCACAGUGUAUAUUGAUUUGACAUUGAUUUGUGUUUUAGCUUGUUUUGUCAGUUGUACAAUGUAAAGUCGCACUACAAGCACGAGCAGUGUGUCCGUGUGUCAGAGUGUCCGUGUGUCAGUGCAGGAGGGACUCGUCCCUUUCAUUUACUAUGAUUGAUCUCAAGGCGAUAUUCGAUCCUAAUAUUUUUUGUCGUUUAAUGGUACCGCUUUUAAAUAUUGUGUUAUGAAGCUGAACGCUUUUUGUGCGUUGUAGUUUUAGGCUCGGUUUAUAAUUAAUUAUAAUUUACGUAUGUCGUUUCUGUGAAUGUUCUCUUACGGUUAUUUUAAAUGUAAAUUAUUGAUAUCUAUAAUAGAAUGGAAUCCUCGUUAAUAAUUUCAGAAUGAAAUAAAAAUAUCAUCAAUUAUUGGCAAAUUUUUAUAAAAAAAAAAACUAGUUUCAUGUAAAAUAUAAUUCUUAUCGUGAGGACAGUUGAUAUUUAUCGGUCCUGUAUGUGUAAUGUUGAGAGGUAGGACCUUUUUAAGUAGCACAUUUGGUCGUAUGUGAAAGUAGCACGGUUAUUGAAUGCAAUAAAUCUAUGUAAAGUUGUGUCACACGGCUUAGUUUGGAAGUGUCCGACAAGGAUUAAGUGUUGGACCAAAAACUAUCCCGACAUGGGCCUUAAAUCACUACAAACGCUCAAUUCUGACGUUUUAACUGAAUAGUUAAACUAUCCAGUUAAAAUAUUGCCUACAUAACCAAUUGAAACUAAAUUGAACAGUUCAACUCUUCAGUUAAAUAUCAGUUAGAAUUGAACAUCUGUAGCAGGUUUUACAAUAACAUCAAAUGUCAUGUCCAAAGUACAUACACAGCAAUAAUAAAUGAAAUAUAAAUUAUUUUAUUAGUCACUGUUUUUCAGACUGUUAUAGUCUGCUUAGGUAUAGUACUAUGUAAUUAAUUUUCUCGACAAAAUGUUGCCAUGCCUAAUGGUUUCUUGUCUUUGGACGUGUAUUUGUUGGAGCGGCGCGCCGUGUGACGUGUAGAAGUUGUAGGCGACUCGAGUGUUAUAAGUAUAAUGAAAUUGUUGGUGUUGUAUAUAGAGGAGCUACGAUCCCACCAUUAUAAUAUUUCUAAGUACUAAAUUGUAAGUGGUAUCACAGGUGACACCAUUCUAAUAAUAUUGUAUCUAUAGGUGUUAUUCCAAUGAAUUAUUGUGAUUUUUCUUACAAAUUCCCAUAGGUUUUAACACACGAUGCUUUCAGUUUUCAAUGAAUUGUAAAUUGCCUUAAUUUAAAAAUGUUUAUAGAUACUUUUAAAAAAAAUUCUUCAUUGGUUUUUGCUUACUUUCUUUCUUUACGACAUGCGCUAGUCGAAUUGAUCAGUUAACGUAACAUUGCUCAGUGUUUCAUUUUGAUAUCUCAUUCUAAAUACGUGUCGACUAAAUAACUAUCUAUUCCUAUUAAAACGUCUCACUUCCCUCAUAUUCUAAAAUAAAAUAUUAGAUAUAAUAAUACCCAACAUUAGUAAUAAUAUACGGUGGCCAAUAAAAGUAAUAAUAUUUAUAAAAUACCAUUUUAUACCCACUUCCCGUUUACAUAGCUGGCAAAUGUUGUCGUGUAAUAUGAUAGUUACAAAAACAAUUGUCAGAAAUAUUAACUGUGAUUUUCGAAAUUGUCAAUAAGUUGAGCAAAUAAACGAAAAGAUAUAAA